AUGGAUCAAAAAAUUAAUAAUAAAAAUGAAAUGAUCAAUAACGGAGAUAAAAGUGUUUUAAAGUAUUUUAAAUUAGAUUGCAAAGAACAAUUAGAAAAUUUAAAUAAACCUUGGUGUGAUAUAAUAGAUGCUUUAAGUGAGUUCAGAAAAGAAAGAUCAUUAGAUAGAGCUAAGAAGAUAAUAUCUUUCUAUUAUGAAUUUAGUGAUCCUAAACAUGCAUUUAUAUUUAGACAACUGAUAAUUAAUCUUCUUACAUUAGAUGUUCCUAUUGAUAUUAGUGAUCCAUUACAAUAUUAUACCGAGAAAAACCAUGAAUUAGGUGUUUUUCUAUUUAAUAUACACGCUUAUCUGUCAUUUAAAUACAAUAAAACUGAUAUGCUUUAUGACUAUUUAAAGUUAGUUCACGAACCUAAAAAGAAAAACACCGAUUACUUUAUAUUCAUGUACUACAGUGGAAUAAUAAACACAAUUAAUAAUAAAUUCAAGAUAGGGUUUGCACAACUUAAAGAAGCCAUAAAAGCUAAGAGGUUAAGAAAGUUUUUUUAUAACGAUUUUUUAUUGGUUAGUCUGUUUGGAUUUAAUUUACCUAAUUUAGAAAUAAAACAUCCAUAUUAUAAGUUAAAAGAAUGUAUUAAAAUUGGGUUAGUUAGCCAGGUUGAAAGUUUAAUACCAUUUAAUAGCCAAUUAUAUGAAAUGUUAAUAAUUUAUUUGCCAUUGGUUUCUUUUAGAAAUCUUUUAUUCCGAUUAUACACCAAUCCUCUAUUAAAAUUAGACUUUAAUAUGUUUAAAUUAAAAAAGAAUGAAGUCUAUUUAUACGUUCUUAAUUGUAUUGAUCAGGGAUUAAUCAGAGCUAAUAUAAAUCUUGAUAAAGAACUUAUUAUAUUUAGUAAAUUAACCCCUUUUAUAAACAUUUUAGAGUAA